CAUAUCAGCCUUGGGAGCAGAAGAGCACAGAAAAGGAGGGAAGAUGGCGGGAAGGAUGAGCCACGGUGGGAAAGGGCGCGGCCGGUGACUAUGAAGGUGAGCGUCUCCGUGACGGGGGGCGGGAACUCCACGGCCUCCGGCUGCAGCAUCGACGAGUCGUACAAGUACGUGUUCCUCCCGCUGUGCUACUCCUUCACCUUCCUGUGCAGCCUGUCGCUGAACUCGGUGGUCCUGCUCCGGGCCUACCGCCGCAGCCGCCGCUGGAACGCCUCGCUGGUCUACAUGGCCAACCUGGCCGCCACAGACCUGAUGUACGGCCUGUCGCUGCCCUUCCUGGUGGCCAGCUACGUCAUGCGCGACCGCUGGGUGUUCGGCGACUUCAUGUGCCGCCUGGUGCGCUUCCUCUUCUACUUCAACCUGUACUGCAGCAUCUACUUCCUCACCUGCGUGUCCGUCCACCGUUACCUGGGCAUCUGCCACCCCAUGAAGACCAUCACCCUGGAGACCAAGCGCGCCGCCAAGGGCACCUGCGGGAUGGUGUGGGCCGUGGUCUUCGUGCUGACCAGCCCCAUCUUCCGCUUCGCUCAGACGGGCUACGUCAUGAGAGGGGGCGGGGCCAAGGGCGGGGCGGGGCCGGCAGAGACUUUCCAGAACUGCUGGGACGACGCCAUCGAUGAGGAGUUCUCGGAGUACGUGCCCUACGGGAUCAUCCUGCACCUGCUGGGGUUCUUCGUGCCCUUCGUCAUCAUCGCCUGGUGCUACUCCCACGUGGUGCUCACCAUCUUCCGGGCGCUGAGGUCCCAGCCGCACCUGCAGGAGGGCGGGGCCGGGGGCGGGGCGGUCUCAGGCCCCGCCUGCCUGCACAUCCGGCGGCGGCGCAAGUCGAUCCGGACCAUCGUGACGAUCACGCUGCUGUUCGCGCUCUGCUUCCUCCCCUUCCACGUGACGCGCACGCUGUUCCUGGUGCUGAAGGGCUGGCGGGGCGUGCGCUGCGACUCCAUGCGCGCCGUGUCCAUCUGCUACAAGGUCACGCGCCCGCUCGCCUCCUUCAACGCCUGGCUCAACGCCCUGCUCUACUUCAUCACCAAGGACAAGAGCGCCCCCUGCUGCCCGCGCCACAAGCCCUCCCACCGCGCCCUCCUCUGGCCCCUCAGGAUGCUGGGAGGGGUAGCCGAGAGGGAGGGGCCAGGAGGGGGAGGCGGGGCCAAAGAGAAGGAGAAUGAAUCCAAAUCUUCAGGAAAUAUAUUUUGAGGUUUUCAAGGGUGGGGAGGGAUUGGGGAACACAGAAAGUAAUCACCAGUCACAGCUGUUCAACCCAGAUGCCUGUCCUAUAAAAUGCGUAGAUUUGACCUAAUAAUAAUAAUAACAAUAAUAAUAAUAAUUUGAAGAAGAAGAAGAAUAGAUUUCAUUUAUAAGCGUCCUUCAUUCGAUGAUUAAAUUGCUUUUGCAAACUCACCUGAUCCAUCUUCAGUGCAGCGGCCAUUUUGUGCCCCGAUGCUCAGCACACAUCACAGCUGACAGUUACCAGCUCAGCGCUGCAGCGGCCAUUUUGUGCCCCGAUGCUCAGCACACAUCACAGCUGACAGUUACCAGCUCAGCGCUGCAGUGGCCAUUUUGUGCCCCGAUGCUCAGCACACAUCACAGCUGACAGUUACCAGCUCAGCGCUGCAGUGGCCAUUUUGUGCCCCGAUGCUCAGCACACAUCACAGCUGACAGUUACCACCUCAGCUUCCAGAUCUCCUGGUGGAGAAAAGCCGAGAAUUAUUUCUGAAUACCAGCAGAUCCAUCCAUCCCCAUAGACAGAGUCAUGGGCCACUCAUACAGACCAAAACACUUACAUUAUAUAUCAAAGAUGAUCUCCUAAUGACUUGUGUAAUUUCCUUUUGAUGUCAUGACAAGCAUAUACUGUAUAGAGAAUACUAUCAACUCUGUAAUAACGCACUGAAAGGGGUUUAUAUGUCAUGGUUAUGUAUUUUCUGACUGAACGUGUGUGUACUUCCUGUUUGGGGACUCGGUGGACUGGAAUACAUCUCUGUUUUUACUCUCA